AUGGCGCGCCACAGAGGGACCCAUCCCCGACCCCAGCCAGAGUACCGCCCGGGCGCAGGCACAGCCCAAGGCUGGCUGCAAACAGAGCUUCGGCCUCGCAGCUGCGGAUCUCCAGCUCCGACCUGUCCGCCUCUGGCUCUUCGCAUGCUCAGCCCCCAGACUGAGACCCCCCGGGCCGCAUUAGCAGAGGCCAAGCCCCUGGACCGGGAAGGAGAGGGGAGGGGUAGGACUGGGGGAGGCACGCUGCACCCCUGCACUGUGGCUUCCCUGCUUUCUGCCCUCCCCACUCCUGGUGCUUCCUGCUCAGGGACCAGCAGCCUUUGUGGUCCCCCAGCUUUGUGCAAAGCCCCCCUUCCCCCCUCACUUCCUUGGCCAAACUGCCAUCAGUCAAGCUGGCAACACCUGCCACUCUGGGGUUCUAGUUCCUCUGCCCUCCUCUGGCUGGGACAGUGCCUGCCUGCCCUCUGCUGGACUCCGGAGUGCCUAGCCCCUACACCCCGGUCCUCUGAACUCUGGGGGGGCCCCGAGCAGAACACUUGCCAGGAGGAGCCAGGCCCUGCGCGGCCUGACAGGGGAAUUAUCAUCCAUCUCACAGAAAAGAGAACUGGGGCGCCCUCAGAUUUUCCGACCCAAGCCUUCCCCUUGGCUUUGCACCUGCAGGGGUGGGGGGCGAGGGGCACAGAAUGGACCCCCUGCCGCUACCUCGCCCAUCACUCGCGGUGGAGGGAGGGUGUGUGUCUAGGAGCCUGGCACCCGUGUCAGGGCUGGGGAGUGGCUGCCCGAGAGGGUAGGGGUCGGCGUGCGGUCACUUGGGCAGGAGUGGAGGGAGCUGCGCCCCGCUCAAGGCUGUCCGUUCUGGAGCGCCCUGCGGGGCUGAGGGAACCUGGAGACCAGGGUCCUCACUCCGGCACUACCCCGUCCAGCUUUCUGCUCUGCACCUGCGGCGCACCGAGUGCCAAGUCCCAGGGAUGGGCCGGCCUGGGAUGGGCCUCUGCACCUUCCCAGCCCUUCCUUUCCUGGCAAACAAAGGCCCUGCUGCCCGUAUGCUGCUGCUCUGAUUUGUUUGGGCCGCGGGAGGUGUGUGGCAGCAGGCCCCGCCCACCGCGGUGCAGCAGAAACGCCCCUGACCCUGCAGGGCCCCUCCCUGCUCCCUCCGCAACCCCCACCGCACCCCAAGCCAUCUCCCCGCAGCCCCACGGCCUUGGUACAGGCUGCCCCCCGCCAGGCUGCCUGUGGGCGGAGGGUCCACAGCGUGCCGGGGGCGGGGGUGUCACAGCUCAGUCCCCAGGGGGAAGAGGACCUGGGGUGAGGGUGCUGGGAUAGACCUGGGGCCUGGGGGACACGUUAGCGCUCCGGUCCCGGGGGAGGAGGGAAGGGUCCGCUCCCUCGGCAUAAUGCCACGCACGGCCCUCACCCCAUCUCCGCUCCCCAGUUCCAAAGCUCAGGCCCAUCCUGCCGCCCUGAGUGGGGACCCACCCGCUCUGCCCUGCCCUCCUGGGCCCUGAGCCCCCAGACUCCUCCCGGCUCCCUCCCCUGCUCCUCUUGGGCUGGGCUCCACCCCCACCGCUUUCCCCGGAUCUGCGGGCAGGUCCCGGGCUCCCCCUUCUGCCUCGCCUCACCGGGCCACCCCCGCAUCCCCGCCUCGCCCCCCUCCCCAAGCCUGCGCCGCGGCGAUUAAUGAGUGACCGUGGGAACUGAGGUCGGCCAGGCCGGGAAGCGCCUCCGCACCCCAGACCCGCGCUGGGGGCUCAGCCCCAGGCCGGACCCACCGUCUCCAGCCGUUUCCAGCACAGCCCCGUGCCCGCCCGCUCCCCGCCCCCUGCAGCCGGGGCUGUUCCCCAAGCUCCUGGCGCCACCAGCUGGCCAAGCGCGGGCUGCGGGGCUCCACCGGCUCAACUGUGGAUCGUUGACGCCCACGUGGGAGCCCAGUCCUCCAGGACACUCUGGGGCUGGGACUGCGGGCCCUGCGUUCCAGACCUGGCAGCGUCCCCACCCGCUCGGUGCAGGACGAAGAACCCCCAAGACCUCCCUCUCCAGAGAGAGCCUGGUUCCGAGUAGAACACUUGGUAGGGCACAGACCUGCCCACCCUGGGGACCCAAGCUGCGUGGGCAGUGGGGCGGAGCCCCUGGGCCCCUGGGGGUGGGGGUGGGGCGCUGCCGAAGAGGAAUUAACCCAAAAGCAGUAGAAGAGAUAAUAAAAAUAAGAGUACAUAUAGAUGAAAUAGAAAAUGGACAUAUAGAGAAAAUUCAAUGAAACCAAAAGCUGGUUAUUUGAAAAGAUCAAUAAAAGUAAUAUAUUUCCAGUUGGACUGAUCAAGUAUAAUUAACAGAAGUCACAGAUGACCUAUGUCAGGAGUGAAAAGGAGGCUUUACUUCGUAUCCUACGGACAGUGUGAGAACAAUAUUUCAACAUGAUUAUAACUUGACUAAAUAUGUGACAAUUUAGAUGAAAUGGAAAAAUUCCUUAAAAGAAACAAAUGAUCAAACCAGGCACAAAAAGAAAUCCAUAAUCAGAAUAGCCCUGCAUCUAUUAAAGGCAUUCAAUUUAUAAUUUGAAAUCUUAUCACAAAGAAAAUUCUUGGCCAAGAUGGUGUCACUGGUGAAUGCAGCUGCCUGGCUGUGUUUUCUUACAUUACAUAUAUAUACGUGACCGUGACAAUACUAUACACAGCAGUAGCAGUCAUAUAACUCUAUUUUGGGCUCCCAGAUUCUGUUACAAUGUGUAAUGUGGGAUGGGGUCUUCCCACACAUAACAGGGAGCAGUUCUCAGACACCAGCAGGGGGUCCCAGAACUCAAUUCUGAGCUGUCUGCCUGGAGACGGCACCAG